AUGCAAUCUGCCCAAAAUCUGUGCCGUGGAUCCAGAGAGGAGUGUAAGAGAUUAAGAGCUGGAUGUGUAGUAUUGCGGAAAUUCUUAAAAUUAAUCUCUUCUGUUCCCUCCUUAGUGGAUGCAGAAAUCGUAUCUAUUGAUGCUUUCAACAAAUCUGCUCCAAAACGAGGCCUGGUUGUGGGAAUAACUUUUAUCAAGGACUCUGGCGAUAAAGCAAGCCCGUUCCUCAAUAUCUACUGCGACUAUGAGCCAGGAUCCGAGUACAAUUUGGAUUCCAUCGCCCAAAGCUGCCUUAACCUGGAGCUCCAGUUCACUCCCUUCCAGCUUUGCCAUGUGGAGAUCGAGGAGAGGCACCAACGUGAGACUGUAUUCCUGCUCAGUGGCCACGACCACCAGAUACACCUGUACAAAGAGAACGAAACAUUGCAUCAGUUUGAAGAAAGGCCAACAGGAUUAAUAUUCCCCGAGUUAACAGGCCUUCCUAGCCAUGUCCUCUGGCUUGACGUGGUCAAUAUUCCGGAUUCUACCAGACGUUUGACAGCUUUUGGCUGUCAGAAUGGAUUUGUGGGUAUUUCUCACGUGGAUCAGGAAUCUAAAGUUGUUCUGCAGAGUUGGAAUGUACAACAGGAUGGGCCGAUUUCCACUGUCCUGCUCUUCAGGCUACCCACUGAGCACAGCGAGGCCUAUUCAGCUGGAGACGGAGGAACGAGGGUUGGUUUUGACACGACUGAAGGUAGCAACUCUUUGGAGAACUAUAACCUGCUCGUGACCUCCACAAUCGAGCUCUCGGUCGUUUACAGGGAUGUGCUGAGCAACGGCCUCAGUGACCAGGCCAUCCUGCCAGAGAGUGACCAAUAUGACAGCGUCCUGUGCGCAAUGGUAACCGAUGUAGACUUCGACGGGGUAAAGGAGAUUCUCCUUGGCACCUACGGGCAGGAGUUACUGUGUUACAAAUCCUGCACCGGUGGGGCCCCUGACCCAGAGGCCGUGGAGUCAGGACUCGCCCCCCGUCUCCGAGGUGAAUUCCGGCUCCUGUGGAGAAGAAGUUUCCAGAGCCCCCUGCUCUCCAUGGCCUACGUCGACCUAACGUGUGAUGGUCUCUGUGAACUCGCCAUCGAGACCCUGAAGGGGCUGCAUAUUUUGCAGCACAGUCUAACCCAGACAGCCAGCCUGGUCUUGCAGAGGCUUCGUUCCCGAGCGUCAGCUUUGGGGGAGAACGUAUCUCCGAGCCCGGCGACUGCGGAGCUCACUGAUGCCAGGACGGAAACACAGGAGACAUCCGACAUGGAGGUAAACGCCAAGUAUGAUUGAGAGGAAGCCACCGAAAGGAGCAGCUGAUAUCCAGCUUAGUCACGUACCACUUCAGAUUUGACUCCCGUUCGACCCCACUUGACACACCGCCCUUUGAAACGAAAGCAGCGAGUUUUGUUUCUUGUAUCGGCUUGGGGAGCAGUUUUCUCGGUGAGAGAAGCUUUUGGGAUCGGAGGAGCUUAGCAGGAGAAAGGGCACCAAACUCCUUGUGAAGUCUGGAUUCUGUCGCUGACCAUGGUGCCUGGAAUUGUGGAACUGACGUCUUCGAAGUUGCUGAGUGAAAAAAAAUGGAUUUCAAAUCCUUCCGUCUUGUAUUUCAACUGCUGGGUUAUUUUAGCUGGAAAGCUUGCAGACCGGCUCCUGUGUUCCAGUGGUGCUGCGGGUAGUGUUUCAGUGUUCAAACAACGCCCCCCUUCAUCAUCAUUCCGAAUGAAGUGGCUGCGUGGAUGGUUUCCUGGCAGUUUUGGAGUCUGUCAGCAUUGCUUGAUUCAUGGAUGCAAGCAUCUCUCUGGAAACUAGCACGAGUGUCAAAACAAGAGACCUUCCCAGUGUCAUUAGAGAGGGUGUGCUGCACAGUCGGAGGAGCUAAUGUUUAGAUGAGAUGUCAAAGUAGUUUGCCCUGCUGUCAGACAUAAAGAUCCAACAUCUCACCCUCCCAAGAGGGGUGUCUUCCCCCCGGCGCCCCCCCCACCCACAACAAAACACCCGCCACCCCCCAUCCCCGGUGUCCCAGGCCAAUAUUUCAUCUCUUGACCAGCAUCAGAUGAUCCAUUCAUUAUAUCCCAUUGCUGCUUGUGAGGCCUGCGUUUCCCACAAUCUACAGCAAUGGCCAAAUUGAUUUUGAGGAAAGUCUUUCAUUGGCUGCAAAGCAUUUCAGGAUGCUGCAGAAAUGCAACUCAUUCCUUUGCCUUGUAACAUUUCAGAAGUAAUAUUUGCUCCGCUGUAAAUGUUAGUGUGUUUAAUUUUAAAAUAAUAUAGAUCUGUGGCUCUUCAGGGUACAUUGCAAUAAAAUAAAAAUGAUCCACAAA